AUGUGCAAAAACUGGACAAUCCAGCCCAAAGCCGGACGUUUGGCUAAAACUAUUAACAAUACCAGUGAAUGUGGGGACUGGGAGGCCUAUGGCGAUGAAAAAUGCUUCAAGAUCAUUCAUGAUGACAUGUAUAAUUAUGACCAAGCUCUAUCAGCGUGUCAAUCACUGGACACCGGGGCUACAAUAUCUACCAUACACUCACAAAACGAGCAAGAUUACUUGACAAACCUAUUAUAUAACAAACAUGGGGACUAUACUAAUUGGCUACCGGCGCAAGUAAACACAUCCGAGGAAUGCGCACAAAUGGUACCGAAUAGACCGUAUUUGGGAAAAUGGAUCAAGAUCACAUGUGGUAAACGCAAUCUGGUUUUGGUUAUGUAUAUAUCCAGUUACCGGGUCAACCCGACCCACAUACACUAUGGUCAAAGACUGACAGGGAAAAUGGUGGUGAAUAUCGACCCGGUAAUCAAGUCGUUCGAGUUUGGAAACGGAUUUAACCUGAUAUAUUAA